UCCACUGAACAAGCCCUGUAUUCAGCAUGGUGCCUGGCUCUGAUUUUAGUACUCGAUAAAGGGUCACCUCUAUUUUUAGCAUUCCGGGGAGCCAGAGGACCCUUUCUAACUGGAUGACUCUGGAAUGAUUUCCCAAGGAGAGGGCACUGAACUAGGCUUGGAGGCUGAAUUCUCGGUUUGGCAGGCACAGUUCGCUGAGGCACUGGCUGAACCUGGGGAGGUCAGUCUCGCAGCAGCACCAGGGCACAGAGUUGUGUGUCGGGCGCUGGAAGUACUGAAAGGCGGUGAGCCGGCGGCGGAACGCAGGCCUCCCGGCGGGCAGAGGGAGCCAGCACGAGCUCUGGAGUAGGAGAGGGCCGGGAUCAAAACGCUCUGAGGCAGGCCAGGGCGCACCAAAGGGAGGCUAGUGAAUUGCAUCAGCACAGAUUCCGUGAUGCUCUGCAGACGUCUCCAGGCUGCUGGGCUUUACGGGAACCCACAAGAAAGGAAAGGACCGGGGAGCUGGCAGGCGGGGGCGGGCGAGGGCGCGAGGGUGCGCUCGCCCGCGCGCUCCCGGCGGCGCCGGGCCGGGGCUGGGCGCGCCCGGGACUGCGGAGGCCGCGGAGGAAGCUCCUGCUCCCCUUCCCCCGCCUCUUUUCCCCCCGCAUUACUGGAAGGACUGUGUGGGAGAGACCCAGAAGCACCCGGAUUUUCGAGCGCCAGGUGGGGGAGGGCGGGGCAGCCUCUACUGCUCAAAGGAAAACCAAAAGUGCGUCUGUUCGCGCCGCUCCGACACGCGGUUGCUACUGGGAGGGCUCAGGGCGCUUUCGCCGCGCCUCCCUUUGCAGCCCCCAAGACUUGGCUAGGGCGGCCUGAGGCCCGCGUGGCGCGGGGAGGGGCUGAGAAGAGAGUGGGAAAGUGUCACGAUUUCUUCUGUGCCCCUCCCGUCCCUACCCCCACCCCCAGUUUUCUGGGUUUUGCUGCUGCCGCUGGGGAAGGACUGAUUCGUUUUGCGUCAAAGGACUGCAUUUACUCAGUCCUGCUGGGAGAGGCGCGUAAACACCCAGGCAGGCCAGGACGCAGGGAUGGGGAGGAGGAAGAAAAAAGCAAAGCACCCACGGCUGGCGUGUGCGUCCGCCUGCCCCACACCCCUCUCCUGGGCCCGCGGAGUUGGGGACUCUGCCCAGCGGGCAGCAGCGGAGGUGCGAGGAGUCUGGCUGGCCUCGUCCCGUCGCGCACGCGCGCGCGUCCUUGGGGAUAGCGUUCAGGACAGAAUGUGUUUUAUAGCUGUAAACAAUGACCCCGAGUAUUGUUUGGGAUUACCGUAUCUUGGGGCCCUUGGGGCGGCCAGAUGCCGCCAGCCGUCCCGGAAAUGCCAGCGCUUUAUAUAGAGCCCCAGGAAAGCUUCGCGAUCCCGGCUCUAUUUUUCUUUCCUACCAACACCCCCACUUUACAGAUAAGGAAACUGAGGACAGAACUUGUGUGACGGUGCACAGCGAGUUGCCCGCAAUGGACUCUCAAGAACACCUCUUAACUUUGGGGCCUCAUAAGGACCCUGUGGGGUACAGACGGCUGGUGCUACUUAAGAAUUGGGUAAACUGAGGCUAACAGACCCUGGGCCAGAACCUAAGUUCCUUGAAUUCCGCUACAGUACUUCUCCAUUCACACACCAUCAUCUCAGCAGAAGGAUUGGAGCUCCAGAGCAGAGAAGGGCCUAAGGUCAUGGCUCCAAACUCCUUCCCUUUAUAGGAGGAAACUGAGGCCCAGAGAGGUUAAGGAAUUGGUCUAAGAUCUCACAGCUCGUAAAUAGCGUAGCCGGGCGUUCCUGCUCCAAGGUCUGUGCUCUGUACCCUGCGCCGCGCCCCUCCCAGCCCCGCCCAGUGAGGGAGGAGGACCCAAGUGUCCGGCUACCCGCGCCCUGAACUUCGCUCCAAAACAGCUGAAGACGACAACGUUGGGGCACACCCUCUCGCUGGCUACUUUUUUUUUUUUUUUUUUAAAUUCGUAACAGUCGGGAGUUUGCUUAUAAACGCCCGAUUACUCUUAUUAGAUGCGUCCUAAUUGCUCGGCGUACAGGGCAGCCGGAAUGUCUUGCCCGGUUAAUUUCAUCUUCAAGGCUACUCCUAACGAAUUAACUGUAGGACCGAAAACAUGAAAAACAAAAAUCAAAAAGGGAAGCGGUAGGCAGCCCGCCACGGAGGGAAAAAUAGGCAGGCCAGCCCCACCCGGCGCCGCGCCCCGCCAAGACCCGGCCGCAGGGCGGCGCGGGCACCCUGCGCGCCCCGGGCGCCCGCUGCACUCGGCGGCGCCGCGAAGGGCGCCUACGACCGCGCGCGGCCGCGCCCUCCCUGCGAGCGGCUCUGCGCGCCCAGCUCCCGGCCUCCCGGUGGCGCCGCACCGAACCGCCCGUCUCGCCGUCAGGGCUGUGAUUAUUUUCUAAAAUCCGGAGUCGAGACCGCGCGGCCGCUCUCGGGGCCCCGCCCCGCGCCCCUUCCCGGGGCGGGGGAGAGGCCACAGCGCACUCGGGAGCGGGCGAGGGAAUCCCUCUCCCUCCACGUCACCCGAAAGCGAGGAAACCCGCACUCGCGUCCUCUAACGCAAAUGACCAUCUUUGGCAACGUGCGCCAAUGGAACAGACCAAGGGCGCUGGGCACGGGGGGUGAGCGGGGGGCGGGGGAAGGCCGGGGCUGCCUCGGCGCCCCCAAACCGUGCGGAGCGCCCGCUCCCGCCCGGGCCACCGCCUGGCUUCCUCGCGCGGGGUGCGCGGCUGGCGUCAGCGCGGCCUGGAGCCGGGGCUGGGAGGGAAGAGCUGCGCCCGCCUCCUCCCCUCCUGCGCCUCUUCCUCCUCCGCGGCCUCCUCCCCCCGCCUCCUCGUGCGCUCCUCCCUGCAAGGUGGAGUCUGGGGUUGACGUGAGUGAAUCCACAUGGUACAGGGCUGGAGAAUAAAGAGUGUGAGUUGAACUCGUGCCAUUGUAGUGACUCAUCUCGGGCAGAGCGCUAGGGCUUCGAGCGAACCAGAGAGCGAGCGAACGAGCGGUGCUCGGCGGGGACAGGGAGAGGGAGAGGGAGAGGCGCGGUCGGGCGAGGCGGGCCCGUCCGGGAGCGGGCGCCGGGGAAGGGGUGCAGGUCCGGGCGCCGGAGCGGGGAGCAGGGCCGCGUCCCUCUCAGCGCCAGCUCAGCUUGAGCCCCACGAGCCGCUGUCCCCCUGGCGCGCUCGGGGCCGCGGGACGGGCGCACGCCGCCUUCUCCCAGUCAAGUAUCCGAGCCGCCCCGAAACUCCGGCGGCGAGUCGGCCACGGGAAGUUUAUUCUCCGGCUCCUUUUCUGAAAGGAAGAAACAGAAGUUUCUCCCAGCGGACAGCUUUUCUUUCCGCCUUUUUGGCCCUGUCUGAAAUCGGAGGGUCCCCGGGGCUGGCAGGCCAGGCUCUCUGGGCUCCUAGUCUUUUUAAUUUCCAAUUUUUGAUUGGGCCGUGGGUCCCGGCUGAGCUCCGGCUGCGCGCGGGGGCGGGAGGGCGCGCGCAGGGGAGGGACCGAGAGACGCGCCGACUUUUUAGAGGGAGGGACCGGGUGGACAACUGGUCCCGCGGCGUUCUCAGAGCCGGAAAGAAGUGCCGUAAGAGGCGCUCGGGGGACGCUGUUCCCGAGGUGUCGCCGCCUCCUUGUCCUCGCCCGCCGCGGUUGGGGAGAAACCUAGGAGCGAAGCCCAAAGCCCGCGGCGCGGCCGGCGGACGAACGAGCGCGCAGCAGCCGGUGCGCGGCCGCGGCGAGG